GUUUACGCCUUCCAGUCUCCGACUCGUCCGUGCACCAGUGUCCAUUCUGCCGCUGCGGCAACUACCCACGCCACCGCCACCGCCACCGCCACAGCCAUUCCGGCAUGGCGAAGCCUACGCGCCACACCCUGACCACGCCGUCCGCCCACCCUCGCGGGAUCCCGAAACGCGCGCUCCCGCGACUCGCUGCGGCGCUCUUUUUUGUAACCCUCGUCGGCGUCGCGCUGCCCUUGGCCGUGCUGCACCGCGCCGCCGUCUCGCGGCACUCGCUUGAGGACCCGUGGGGGCGGUACCCGCUUCCUUCGCUCGCCGCAGACGACGAGGAGAGCGCCCAAGGUGAUGAUCUGGACAGUGAGGAUCUCGAACUUGACCGAGUUUUGCAGAAGGCUUCAAUGAAGGACAACACAGUUAUAUUGACUACACUUAAUGCUGCAUGGGCUUCUCCUGGCUCGGUGAUAGAUCUAUUUGUUGAUAGUUUUCGCUCUGGUGUUAGAACAAGUUCACUCUUGAACCAUCUAGUCAUUAUAGCGUUUGAUGGGGAUGCGUACAGACAAUGUGCCAAGAUCCACCACUAUUGCUUUGCUCUUGGAACUGAAGGUGUGGAUUUUUCUGAAGAGAAGAGGUUCUUGACUUCUGGGUAUCUGGAGAUGAUGUGGAAAAGACUAGAUUUCUUGCGGCUGGUUCUUGAAAAGGGCUACAGCUUCAUAUUCUCGGAUGCAGACAUAAUGUGGUUUCGCAAUCCAUUUCCUCACUUCUAUCCUAAUGGUGACCUUCAGAUUGCUUGCGACCACUAUGUUGGGAAUGCAACAGACUUGAGAAACAUUGCUAAUGGAGGCUUCAAUUAUGUGAAAUCGAAUGAACGGACCAUAGAGUUCUACAGUUUCUGGUACUCAUCACGAUUGAGAUAUCCUGGCUACCACGAUCAGGAUGUCUUCAAUGCUAUUAAGCAUGAUCCAUAUGUCGCAGACAUUGGGCUGGAAAUUAAGUUUUUAAGUACAGCAUACUUUGGUGGAUUCUGUGAACCAAGCAGAGAUUUAAAUAAGGUCUGCACUAUGCAUGCUAACUGUUGCAUCGGUUUGCGGAGCAAGAUUCAUGAUCUAAGGAUUAUGAUGGAAGAUUGGAAGAACUAUUUGUCACUGCCUCCAAGCUUGAAAAGAUUGUUGACAUUGUCCUGGAGGGUGCCACAAAAUUGCAGCCUUUCUUCGCUAAACUAAUAAAAAUCCAUGCUUAUGGAACACAAAAGGAAAUGAGAACAGUGGAGCAUGCAUAAGGUGUUCUCCACAUUUUCAUCAAAGAACUAACUGGAAGGUCGGGCUACUAACUUCAUUAGUGUUUCCCCCCAUACUUUACCAACUUCAAUUUGAUGUAAUUAGAAUUUGAUGUCGUAGUUAAUCGGAUAUGUGCUGACCUCUUUAUGGAUGAAACAUAACUUCCUUGAAUGAUCAUGUUUAUCUUUCGAAAAA